CUACGGGUCUCCUCUACCCUCACACUCUCGCACCUUCCCCCCCGCCAACUCACUCGCUUCUUUCAUAUGCCUAUGCAUUAAUCUUCUCUCUUUUUUUCCCCUUCUCUCAACAAAUUAUUUCCCACCCUUGAUCCAACCCAUAAAUUGGUUUGUUUAAACUUUUCAUUGGGCGAUCUUUACCCUCUCUUUUCAUUUUGGAAAACCUUUGAGCAAGGUUACGCCCUAAGUUGGAAAAAAAAUAAUCGAAAAAAAUAAAUAAUAAUAAUCAAAAAGCCCUAAUUAUUUUUCGUUCCUGGAGAGACGAAUUUAGGCUUUGCUCUACGGAUUUUUGUUGGGUUUUGGAGUCGACGUCAUUCAUUUUUCGACAUUGUUUGCCUUUUUGAACCUUUGUCGCCAUCUUCGCCCCCUAUCCCCCCUCCCUUUGCCCUACUCUUUGACAGAUGACAGCGAGCGUUGGUGGCUGGGUCUCACCUCCGGAGCUUGUCGAGGGCGGAGGAACGGGUUCGUCAAAGUCGUCUUCGCUACCAUCCAGUUUCCAACUCGACGAUGGAAGCAUUUGCAAUGACCUGGGGGGCCACUUUGAGGAGAUUGGGUUGAGUGAUGACCACGAGGACCAUCACACUGUUCAGAUUUCGUCCAUGCCGCUAGCCAUGCCGAUGCCAAAGCCGCCGAGGAAUGUGGGGGGCCUGAAUGGGAGGCAGUCAAUGCUGAUGGGGAGGAAUGGCGCCACCACAGCCCUGGGGAAACUGAGGGACCUGACACAAAUGAAGAGGCCUCCUCUCCCCUCGUCGCAGGCGAGCGUGCAUCCCUCGCCUCAGGAGCAAAACCACCUCGGCCCCCCCCCGCGAAGGUCGGCCUCAACCAAUGGAACGAACGGGAACCAGAACAGCAAGAAUCCACCGCCGAGAUCACUUUCGCCUGACCCACCGUCCGCACCGCUCUCCCCAAAUAUCGUGCCGGUCUCGAAUGGGUCGCACGGCGGACAAACUUCUCCGAUGACGAAGCCGAGGAGGUUAUCCUGGCAUCAGACUUCCAACAGGAAGACGGUGGAGGAGUUAGAGAACGAAUGUGAUUCUGACGACGAUGUUCCACCGGACACCAUCUUUUAUAAUGUCCCUCUUUCCCCGCGGUCGGCGAGGGCGUUGUCAGCCGCACCUUCCCCAGAGAGGACAUCGCCUAGGGAGCCACUACCAGUCAAUGGGGAGGCUACACUGCUACCGACAAGGGGAGCUUCGAUGGUGUCCGUACUCGGUGAAUCGAGCAAUGAGGCGAGAGGCAGGACCCAGUUCCGGUCCAAGAGUUGGAGCGACGCGAUGUCGGAGUUGGGGGACGAGGCAAAGGAGUUGAGCGAGGCGCUGGAGAGGCACGUGGACGAGGAGAUCGAGCAGACUACAAGGAAGCUACGAAAGUCCGUGGAGAAGAGCAAGAGUAGUGCCUCAAUUGUGUCUGGCCCCGUAUCGCCUACGCCUAUGCCUAUCAAGAAGAGUUUUUCCACCACAACGGUUAUCCCGCUUCCGCCGCUGCAGAUGACUAACGGGAUGAUUGAUCCACUGCCGAUCAGUAAAGAGAAGGAAGCUGUGCUAUCCAGAACUAGGCCAUCGUGGUUACCGCCCAAGUCAAAAGAGGAGGAGAAGAGACAUUUGAAAGAGUACAAGAAGAUGAUGCGCUUGUCGCAGGAAGCGGGUAAGCUACGUGGCUCGUGGGGUUUGGAAUGUCAAGAGUACAAGGAUCGGAUCAAGAACGAUACCGACAAGGUCUGGGACCAACACAUCAUACCAAAUUGGAGUAUCGCGACUCGCAAGAAUGAAACCCGAGAGCUCUGGUGGCAGGGUGUCGCUCCCCGAUGUCGGGGAAGAGUCUGGCAGUUGUCGUUUGGCAAUAAUCUUACAGUAGGCCCGGAAACGUUCCGGCUGGCGCUGAAACGGGCACAGGAUGUGGAGGAUGGAUUGAAGAAGAGUCCGGCAAUGUACUCGCUCAAGGAGAGGGAACUGUUCAAUGCCAUAAGAAGGGAUGUGAAUAAGACCUUUACAGAGCUCAAGAUUUUCCAGGAGAAGGGCCCGCUUCAUCAGGGUCUAUUGGAGGUACUGAUGGCUUAUUCCAUGUAUCGAAGCGAUGUUGGAUACGUUUUCGGCACGCACGUUGUCGCCGGGUUACUCCUUCUGAACCUCUCCCCGGAACAGAGUUUCACCACGCUUGUUAACCUUCUAAAUCGUCCUCUACCAUUAGCCUUCUACACACAAGACGAGGGAGCGAUGUCCCGAGUCUACAACCUCUUCCUCAAAGCCUUCAGAUACAAACUCCCCUCAUUGUACCAACACAUCCACGUGAUCCUCAACCUCCCACCACCAGUGUAUCUGGAAGCUAUGUUUUUGACGCUCUUCACCCUGCACUGCCCCAUCGACAUUGCAUCCCGCAUCUGGGACAUUUACUCAUUCGAGGGUGACGCAUUUCUAGUUCGUACCGCGAUAGCGGUAAUGACCGUCUUAGAGUCUAGGCUCUACGGCGACGCAGAGGAGGUGGUUAGUCUCCUCGGCUGGAACGUGAAGCGCAGAUGGGAACUCGGGAAGGAAGAUGAGUUUAUCGCGGUUGUUAGGUCUGCCGGUAAGGAGGAGGAUAAGUCGAAGAGGUCGAGUUUGGAGCCUUCGGAGGACUAGUGGGUUUUGGUGUUGCCGGCGACCCUUCUUUUUCUCGCCCCCCCCCUUUUCUUUCCCAAGGGAUAUAUUGUGACUUGUAUACUCUUUCCUUCUCUCAUCUAUUUACCGUAUUUGAGUUUUUUUUUCUUCUUUCCUUUCCCCCCAUUUCUUUUCUUGCCAUAUUACUUUUGCGUUUGCCUUUGGUUUGGGGUGAUUGGCGUUUUUUUCUUUUCUUUUCCUGUUUAGAGGAGGGCGAGAGUCAGCGGUGCAAGGUUGGGGGGGAGGGUUGACUGUUGCUGUUUUUUUCAUCGUUUUUUUUGCCCUUUUCAAUGUAGCAAGUAUUUAUUGCUUAAGAUACUGGAGCACCUCGGGGAAUAUAGACUGGCAGGGAGA